GCGCUCGAUCAUCAGGUUACAGAUCGGGCUCCUGUCUCCAUGGCAACAGAGCAGGCGGGGUUUGCCGUCCGGAGUCAGUCGCUCCUCCGUUGGCAUCAUUUCUCCGAGCUCCGUCGCGUUACUCCCUCAGUGGAAUGGAAGAAAAGGACAAGACAGAAAAUGAGGGCUACACCGGAGAGAUAAAGGGCGGCCUGCGGCCUUCCAUGAAACUCGUUGUGAUGGGAAUUGUUAACAAAAAACCCAAGAGCAUCGAGGUGAUAGUGUCCAGCCGUCCCGAGGAGGAGGACGCAGAACCAGAUGUGGGCCUUCAGCUGAAAGUCACCUUCAGAGAUAAGGCCAUUCACCGCAACGCUCGUCUGGCGGGAAAGUGGGGUCUCGCCGAAAAGACCAUGUCCUUCUUCCCGUUCGCACCAGGAGAAGCAUUUAAGAUGGAGAUUGUGUGUGAGCAUCAGCAGUUCCGCAUCCUGGUGGACGGGCAGCCGCUGUGUGGCUUCACGCAUAGACUCUUUCCUCUGGCCUCCCUCACUGCUCUGCGCGUGUUUGGAGACCUGGAGCUCACCAAGGUGGCCUAAACUCACGACGGCGGUGACAGAAGAGCAGUUCCUGGGUGAACAGCUGCCCUGGCGGCGACGGUGUUGUGUUCCUAGUAUCAAACAAUGUAACAAAGUAAUCACGUGAUAAGUGCCUUCACUUGAUUACCUGCUUGAGGACUUGAAGUUUUUGACUGAAUACGACAGUCAGUAAAAGAAGAAUGUGAAUUGAAGUCAAAGCUGCAAUAUUUUUGGACAAACACAAUGUGCCACUCCACUUAAGUGUUGCAUCUGUGUUUCUGCUCUAAUUUAAAGUACUGUCCUUAACAAUAAAAGUAAACCUUUGAAAGCACUUAUGUUAUGAGUCGGCUGACCAGAUUUGAAAGACGGAAUCGUGGCCCAAGUUAGAGCAUGUUCUCCUCACAGUUCUUUUUGAUUUUAAAAUCAUUCUAUUUUUUUUUCUAGUUCUUUGUCAGCAAGGAACAUUGAUGAAAUGAAAUACAAGUUGGUGCUCAAAGUGUUGAUCUCAACCUUCUUUUAGACAUGCUUUGUUCACGUACUUGAUUUAAUAUCAUGACUGAAGAAAAAAAACGUCCACUUUCCCCUUUCAAUCCUUAGUAAACAAAAUAUGAAAUAGGUACUUACAUAGUAACUUGAAUAAAGUUUACAAAAGCAAUCUAGUUUUGUCAGAUUUGUGCAACGUAAUGUAUGACUGCGUGGUCAUUUUAGACAGAAUUGACGAUAAAACGUUUAGCAAAACAUGUCAGAAAGUACUUGGAAAUACCUCAUUGCUGCUGCGUCAGCCCAAGAUGGAUAAAAAGAGGUGAAAAUAAAAAUGUUACAGGAGUAUGUAAAGGGGAUGUCAACAGAUGGAAAGAUGAAAAUACAUAUUUUGUUCAUUAAGCGCGUCCAUUCCUUUCUAGCUCUUUUUUAUGUCAUUUUUGCCUUGAUUUCCUCACAAUAAACAUU